AUGGGACCCUGUCACAAUGGACUGUCAAAAUUUGCAGGUACUAUCACCACCACCACCACCACCACCACCACCACCACCACCACCACCACCACCACCAUACCACUUGAUGCUUCACGCUCACCCUCCCCCUCCCACAACCCCUACCCUCCCUCCUCUUCCUUCACCCCUCCAUGGUGCCGAUUCGUAGCGCUGCUGCGGAAAAUGCAGCAGGCGCACGGCACAUCAUGCACACAUGCAUGCGAGAAGGCACGUCAAGCCAAGCCCAAACACCCCACUGCUCACAACCCCUCCACCAUCCCCCCCCUCACUUUCCCCCUGCUCCUCUCACUUGCCCCCUGCUCCGCUCACUUGCCCCCUGCUCCGCUCACUUGCCCCCUGCUCCCCUCACUUGCCCCCUGCUCCCCUCACUUGCCCCCUGCUCCUCUCACUUGCCCCCUGCUCCCCUCACUUGUUCCCCCUGCUCCCCUCACUUGCCCCCUGCUCCCCUCACUUGCCCCCUGCUCCCCUCACUUGCCCCCUGUGCGCUUGAGCGAGGCGAAGAAGCCUCCUCGCCUCUCCCUGCGCCUCUGCUCGCCCUCGCCCUCCUCCUCCACCUGCGACUCGGGCACCACACAGGCACAGGGCACACAGUGGCCAGGGAAGCACCGGGGAAAAUGA